AUGGCUUCCUUCCUCAAAGAAANNAAAAUCACUGGAGCUCAAUCCGACGUCGACAGUGGUAACGCUGACAAGUACUAUAUCCAAGUGGCCGCAGCAACUUCCUACGAUGACUCCAAGGCCAAACAAGUCAUCAUCAAUGGUGCUCCCACACAAUUGAGCAAGAACGCAAAAGUCGCUGUCCGGAUCAAGGAAUAUCAAGGUUUACCUGUGGGCUCUCCGGCAACUUCUUCAUACUUCGAGGAUCACGCACAUUUACAGGAUACAUACAGUAUAGCCGUCUCCUGGAUCCCCGAAGAAGACAUUGACGCUGAUGACUUGGUCUGGGGUAUUGAACUCAUCAAUCCAAUCCGCGACCGUAUACCUGGACGCUUCAUCACCACCGCUUUCAACAUUGUCAAAGGCUUUGUGGACUCGAGUUUGAGAUGCGAUCCCAAUGCAGACCGACCCUGGUUGAAUGGACCCGCGCUAUGCUCUACAGCCAUAACCUUCAGCAUUGGUCCCAAAGGCACCUGCGAGCUGCCAGCCAUACUAGCAGAAGGCGGCCUUGCUGAUGACUCUGCCAUACGCCAAAGUCACAGUAUCCCCACGUCCGACUCACAACGCCGCAAACACUUUCUGGACGAGCAGAAACGCAAGGACUUUGUGUUUGAAAAGGGACGUUGCUAUGCCUUUGACUUUCACAACGGCUACAUCGACUGGAAAAACUACGCCCUGAAGCUCCCAGGUUUCUCCUUCGGAGUCUUGAAAUACAUCAACGACAGAACACACACAACAAGAUUCGUGCUCAAGAGCCGCAAGACUGGAAAUGUGUUUGUAGCGACAACAUUCCGCUUACUCUACGGCGAAGAAUUGGAAAAGGCAAAGAAGACGAGUGCCGCUGCUGCCGGAGCACAGACAGGUGAGAGUGCAGCGGGACAAUCCCAGCAUGUAAACACAGCUGAGGAUCUCCAAAAGGAGCCAACGCCAAACGGAAGCCUCGAAAACUCGAACGGCGAUCCGGAAACGCUGGGGCCGCUAAAGGGACCUGAGACGGAGAAUGUCGACAAGGGGAAACUGGUACAACAACCGCUGCAGGGACCCGAGGAGCCUGAUACGAAAAACUUGGAGGACGCUGGUGGAUCCGAGAGUCUUGUAGAUGGUGGCUCAGAGAUGACAUCUAAGCAUGAUGAGGAACAUCCUGCAGGCAAUGCAGCCGAUCAGGUGAUAGCAGAGUCUGAAGAAAGAAGGAAGAGUGGGCAGCACGAGAGGUCGGUCGGUGGGCAUGCUUGA